AUGAAUUCUCUCAGUGGGUAUGUUUAAUAUCUAUUUGUUUCCUAUUCUAUUUGAAGAAAGAACCAAAUUGUCCUUGAUUCUUCUUUAGAAGUUGCAUGUUGAUAAAUUUCUUAUCAUUCUGAGAAAGAAUGUCAAAAUUCAGGCUAACCAAUGUGAAUGUAUGCCAUAACCAGAGCAUGCAGGAUCAGGUGAUUGGUACAUGUAGACAUCACUUUUUAAUUUGUCAAAUGUACAUAUAUUUAAUAAGCAUAAAUAUCCAAUUCUGUUAUCUUCCUAGUCAUAACCAUUACAAUUAUUUCUUCAAAUGUGAUUAGUGCAUUAGUUGCUUUAUUUUUCACUAAUCAUUUUGUACAGUAUAAUCAAACAGUUAACCAUAAUCAGACACCUGUAAUUGGACAGUUGAAGUAGCAAAUCAUACUAAGUCCACUCAGCCAAAUCCACCAAUCACAGAAUUAAUCAUAUUGACCAUAGUAAUGACCACUUAUCCAUUAUUGAGCACUUUGCUUCUAUUGCCAUAAUUAUAGGGCUGAAAUAAACUUCUCUGUGAAAACAGUAUUUGAUUGACAAAUUGCCUUAAGUAUUCAAAAUUUUACAUAAUAAUAGUUGAGCAUUUGAAAUCAUUUAGAUGAGAACUUGACUUGUCUGAUGAACUUUUCUCCUAAUUGAUCAGGGGCCCAAGUCAAGUAUUUGGAACGAAUCGGGGAUUUGGUGGUCUGGUCAAGCCAACAGUAGCUUGUCUAAGCAUGAGAGGAUUUCCAGAUUCUGCGGGUAAUUAGUAUUCUUUGUAUUGUUCAAAUGCAUGGUAAUCAUUAUACAUGAACAUGUAGUUUCUGUAAUGUUUGAGAUUGAACCAAAGAAAAUUGGGUUUGAACCCAAAUGAUGAAAGAAAACCAUAAUAUAAACUCCUGUAAGAACUGCCUAAUCUGCAAAGCCUUUCCUUCCCACAAAGCCACUGUCAUGACAUCUUCCAUUGUACAACAUCUGUACAAUACAUAGCAGCAUGGCUUAAGUCUUUAGUAGUUUUAAUGAAUCAAGAAAUGUGAAACAGAUGGAAGGAGAGAUAUGUCAUGUAUGAGAUUCAGUCAUGAAAGAAUAAAGGUGUUCCUAACAUUUACAGGCACAUAUUUAAAAAAUUAAUUUUCUGUCACAUCCCAGAAGCAAAUAUUUUCCAAUAUAUUCUAAGUUAAAAGGCAGAAAAAGGGAAUAGACUUGUUGCAAAUAAUGUUGACAUGCUUGUUAUUGCUAGAAGUGUUAACAUGCAUGUGUUUCUGGACUGAAGGACAAUUUAAUGGAAAGAGUUUGUCUCCCCAAGUCCCCUUCAUUUUCCCUUCCCACACAUAUUUUGGUUGGCGGCCCUUAGUUUUUGCCAUAAUGGAUUAGCACCCACCUACCACCUUCACUUACAUGUAGUCUGUUACACAUUUUUGACUGAACUUGAGUGAAUUUAUAUUAAAUGAUUAUUCAGGGAACCGUGCUGGAGGCAGUUGUGCAAGUGAAGCAGCAUAUGACUGUUCCCAAGAGGAAGGGGAGGUGUGUAGUGUCAACAGAUUAAUUCAGCAGACCAUAUUCAAUUGUUUUAUUUUUCUAGGAAAGUUAACAUAAAAGUACAUCCACUGUUGGGUUGUUGAAGAGGCUUUAUUGGGCUGGACUGUUUGGGACAUUUUGCUGUCCCUUUGUAGAGUAUAUGCAGACACUAACAAAACCUUACCAAUACUCUAGAGGCUUGUUAUUCUCAAGAAACUCCAUUAAUAUCAUCAUCCAUCUUACAGCUAGUUUUGUAAACCUUUUUCCAUGCUAAGGUACUUAUCAAUGUUACCAAUCACACUUCCACCCUAAUAUGGAUUAUGUAUGGGUGUGUCUCCCUAAUCUGGGACUGUGGGUUUCAUUUGUCUUCUGGGACUGAGAUGAUUUGUUGCUCUGUUUAAUGAAUGAGAGAUAUUUGCUAUGUCUAUCUUCAUUCAUUUUAACAUUAUUCAUGUCUUAUAAAUGUACAGGUUGGUAUUGCCAUGCUUUAUGGAGAUGAAGAAAGUGUUUUCAGAAACUUCUCGCUUGAUAAUUAUGAGAAAAAGUUUUCCAAGGAGAAGGCUGUUACCCUUACAAUUCUGCUGAAAGCUAAAAGGUAGCAGUCAAAGUACUUGUCAAGUUAAUUUGAAUUGCCUUUUUAGACCUUCUGAGGUUGGGGCCUUUACUUUAAACAUGACUUUGUACUUAAACUGAACCAUCUUGAACAUAAACUUUACCCAAACUGAAAAGCUCAGGACAAUGUAGUCACCUCACUUUUUUUUUCUAAUUUUUUAGAUAAGAGAGAAUAAAAACUUUUGCUGGUUUGCACUUCGUUUGGAAGAAAUUAUGAUCAUGCAAAAAGUGUUCCUUUUUCUGAAGGCAUUCCUUGGAAGUCUUUCAUGUAUCAGAAACUGAUUUAAAAAAAAAAAGAGCUACAACAUUUUGCCAGGAAAGAGGAUUUGUCACAUAGAUCAUUUCUUAUAAAUGAAGCACAAACCAGUAAAAAAGCUCAGAGUCACAUUAGUCUACUAGGCAAGUAUGAGUCAUCUAUAAAAAAUUCAUUUUCAUCUGUAGCACCAUGAAAAGGACUUAAAAAAAGGAUUGGGCAAUCAUUGCAUGUUUCUACAUUAUAUUUGUAAACUUGAUCCAUUCAUUUAUUUUUGUCCAUCAUUUUUUGGCAACAAUUUUUCUUUUGAGUAUAUAAGUGUUGUAUUUAAAAAAAUACAUCUAUCCACUGAACAGAUUCUUUUUUCUCAUUAAAUGCAGUAUGGGGGCCACAGGGGGUGAAACCUCUUCACAGCCUCACCUUCCAUCAGGAGCUUGCUCAGGAGCCACAGGUCCAAAGUCCACUCCAUGUCCACCUCCAGUGCCUGAGUGAAGAUGUUGCUAACAUAUUAAGGAGCCUUUUGAGGGGCUGUGCUACAUAGUGAUUCCUCAGGCAGCUGUAAGGCUGUCAAAAUGUAGAUGUAAUGUGUCAGUCAAAGUAAACCCAACCCCCUGCCAUUGUGAGAUAUGUGGGGCUUUGGUAGGGAUUCUUUAAGUUACUGGCAGCCCUUCAUGUCUUGAGUAGAUAGGGAAUCAUACAUUUAUGUCACCUGUAGUCUGGAAAAUUGAAUACAUUUAUGUCUCUACCCUGCAGUCUUAGAUGGAAAAUUGAAAAAUGGUGCUGUAAUGUAUUAUAAGUUACAUUGAAUAUGUGCAUUAAACUGAAGCAAACUGACAUUAAUUGUAAGUAGUUUCAUAAAAGGAAAACAAUUUAAGUUAGAUAUUUUCAAAAAAAAAUAGCUUGUCAGGGUUUGGCUAAUCAGAAAAUACUAUAUAGGGGGAGUUUACUUUUACUGGUGUAUUAAUAUAACUUUAUUUUGCCAUGACAACUACCAUAAAGCUGAGCUAUGCAUUGUGUGCAUUCAGUGGCUUAGAGUAUAGCAUGGUAAAUACUUACUUAGUCAACCUCUGCCAUGUUGGUAAUUAAUAUUCCUGUGGGUGAAACUGAAAGCUGAAGCUAGCUGCAGAAUGAACUCUUAUUGGAGUUCCUAGGCUCUGAGUAUAGUUACUAUAAUAUUGACUAGAUCUUGAGAUUGUUGUCACAUACAACAGUGGUAGAUAUUAUUAUUAUUAUUAUUAUUAUUAUUACUACUAUUUUUUUUUAGUUGGGCUUAGUAAUCUGAUGAUGUGGUUCAAAUAACUUUCUAAGCUUUGAUGUACAACUUGAUCUGCAUCCAUCACUAAAUAUCAAGAAUGUCCCACUCCUUGAUGUUAUGUACUGCAUUUAGGAGAAGUUAUAUUAUAACAAUGAUCAAUUAAGGCUGUGAAGUAAACUGCUCAUAACUUAUUAAGCAAAUUCUGCUGACUGUGUUAAGUGGAAGUAUUAGUCCAGGGAACAGCAGAUUUAAAAUUAGUAACUUGCAGGUAAAAUCUUGAAACGUUAAAAAAAUCAAAGGUUGGGAUCAAUAUGAGAUAAUUGGUUUUAUGAACUGAAAUGAUAGUGUAAAUUGGUCUCCUUAAAGGGUUUUUUGAGCAUGAGUCCUUUGUCAGAGCAAAUGAGCAUAAUAUUGUGGUUACAUGAAAAAACCAUUAACUUAAAAAAAAAUUUGUGACCAUGGCAGUAAUUAGCAGAAAGAUGGUAGAUAUUUAGUUUAUUAAGAAAUAUGUUAGGUAGUGAGUUUUAUGGUGAUUCUAGAUAGUAUGUUUUAUGGAACAAACUUUUUGUUAUUGUUUCAAUAAUAAUGAGUUUUGUUGUUUUUGACAUUAUUUGUAACAGAGUAGAAUGUGUUAUAGCUAGAGGCUGAGUACAGGAGUACAGUGGCUUGGUUGGCUUGGUUUGCUGUCUUCAAUUUUUUCCAAAACAUUUCAAAAAUUACUGUACAUGGAUUGGGUUAUGCAGCCCAUAGUCAGUUGGCAUACAUUGUUGUUACAGAAGCCACACUCAAAUAGUGGUAGUCCAGCAGUUUUCUAACUAGUUUAGUAUGACAGAUUUGAUUGUGUGGGAAAUUUGAAGCCCAGUUGUCAUGCAAUCACAAAUUUGGUCUUUCUUGUGUUUAAUAGACAUGCCAAGUUCGUGGAAAACUAAGACAGCAGUGCUGAUUCGUGGCUCUUAUUUUCAGCUGUAUGUUUGAGUGUCCUCAGGGUUAAGGUUGAAUGCUCUUAUGUAUUUUAGAAAAUAAAUGGUAUUGUUUAUAUGUAGUUGUUUUGAACAAAUGGGAAUAUCACUAAAUACUAGGUGAUGUGCUUCUGUAUCACAAACAUAGAAAUCAGUAGAGAGGCAGUCUUGCAUCAUACUUUUGUUCAUGCCAGCUCACUUAGUAAAAGCAAUUUAACAUCACCAGACUGUUGUGUGAGCUGUUCGUAGGUUUUUCUAGUGCAAGUAAAAGUACAGUCGUGUUAGGUACUAAAGAUAUCACCUGGGGAUUUGAGUUCAGUUUCUCAAUUGCCAAGCUUUUUAAGGCAUGAUGUGCUUCAUUUGUACACCUAGAAGCCAUUUUCCUUCCCUCCCAUCCCUUCCAGUUGUUCAUUGUGGUGGUGGUAUUUCUUAUCUGUUCUAGUUUUCUGUAUCAGAAAGCCUCUCUAUUUACAGUAUAUGUAAGUAGCAAUUUGAUUAUUAAGUAAACUGAACCUUUCUUAAAUAAAUGAAAAAAUUAGUUGAUUAGUAAACUUGACUUGAUAAAGGCUCUCUUUGUCUCAAAUAUUGCUUGUAGUCAUACUAUGUUGUUUAAUUUUAUAAAUUGAUAUUAAGCCCUACUAGGAAUUUAACUUUUAAAUAGAAAAUGAAAAACUAACUUAAAGCAAAGGAAAACAUUUCACGCUCAUAGAGUGGGGCUGAGAUCUAUAUUGUUACUAUCGACCAAAGAUAGCGGUUGUACUGUGUGCACUUUACUGUGAUCAUUGGAAAAUAUCAACUUUGCUAAACACAGAGCGCUCUUAAAGAGAAACAGUGCAAACUUUUGUUGCUGAAAGUCAUCAAAAAAGUGAGUUGAACGGAAAAACGGAAGUCGUCGAACCGGAAGUGAACUAUUAUACGCCCUGUACUUGCAAUAUGGCGGAGUUAAGAGUCGCGUUACGAACCUUUUCGAUGGCUCGCCUUUCUAGGAAAGCUUUCACGAUAGAUAAGUGGUAAGUUAUGAAUGACUCGUAAGAGAAUCCACAAGAUGACAUGAUUAAAGUACGUUUGGAAAAGAUUGUGGUUAUCGAGAGUUUUAAGAAGAGAUUCAAACGCGGAAUUAUUUUGACGCAAUUAAUAUGGCGAACUUGAGAACGAAAUCGCUGUAAAAGUCGCUUUCCUCAAAAUCAGACCAUUCGAAUAUCAAUGCUUUUCACUGGCUCUAUUAAAAGAGAAGAGCAUUCUGUGUUUUACCUCACGAUGCUAACCUUUGUUUGCUUAAGCAUGUUACUUGGAAAUGUAGGCAUCGCGAUAGUUUUGUUAAGGAGCCAAAAUCAAGUCGUAAUCCAGCAGAAACCAGCUUGAUCGGAAAAAAGAGACUGGCGCUCGCCCGUUCAAGUGUCAUUAACACUAUAUAUCCAAGUGGCAAUGGCUGCUAGAUUUGUACAAGUGGUUGUAUGGAUGUUUACGAUUUAAUUAAGCAAUUGGUCAUAUACAUCUGUUGGUUAUUAGUGAACACUUAACAUGUAAGUUAGACACAUUAUUUUCUGCUUGUUAGGUUGAUUUUCACCCACCGCUUCCUCCCCUUUCCUUAAAUAAAUUUUAACUGCAGGAAGUAACCAGGGAAUGAACUGCAGACCUUUCACUUGUACCUAUCACCUUGGCAUUCUUGGCGGGUACCUUCCGAUCUUUUACAAUGUAAGUUACCCACAACACAGUUGGGUCAUGAGGGGAGGUAGGGCUUCUUGCUCUGCUGGGUAAGUUUGCCAACGUGGCUGAUAUAUUCACUUCAGUUGUCAGUCUAACUGCCUGAUGGUUUGGGUCUCAUAUCAUUACCUUGGGAUUUUUCUGUCACAUGGACUAGCUCUUGCUGAGAGAUUGUGUCUGCUAAUAUCCCCACUUAGUGUCUUUGCUUUGCGGUUUGUGUAGUCUGUGUAUGCUAACCACACAAUCCAGUUUUAAAGGUUGCACUAUUACCACCAUGCUUGCAGUUAUCUUUUUUCAAUUUUAAGAAAUGUUUUGUUUUUUAGGAUUUGAUGGUUUGUGAAAUUUCAUACAAUUGAUACUACAGGCGGCCCAAGCUCCAGCUGUUAGAUGAUCAUCUUGCGUAAUAAGAGUCAUGGUGAAAUUAUAAGAGUUUGUAUAGGGAUAUUUACAACUACUCUUAAGAAUUAAAAAUAUAGUCAAACUCUCAAUAAAUACACUUCACCUUACUUCCGUGUGCAUCACUUGUUAUCUAGCUUACUAUGUUUAAAAGAACCCAUUUUAGCUAGUUAUCCAUUUCUAGGGUUACUAUAUAAGAUGGCUUCUCUAACCAUUGAUGCACUGUGGACGUAAGGUGAGGUAUUUUUAGCAAGAAUUUGACUGUAAUUUUUUAUUCCUAGGAGUGAUCAUAAAUGUUCCCAUACAAACUCUUUUAAUUUUGCCAUGACUCUUAUUUCACAAGAUGAUCAUCUUACAGCUGGAACUUGGGCCACCUGUGUUGAGACUUAUAGUUUCUAAGCCUGUGUACAUAUAUUACUGUGUUACUUUUAUUUUCAAAUGAGCAUGUAUGUAUGCAUGAUAAUUUCUUGGGAAACUGAAAGAUCUAACAAAGAUUUCAUAGUAUAGUGCUGUAUUGUAUGAAAACAAAAGAAAGAAAAUUUUUACCAAAAUAGUUAUUCUUGCUUACCAGAUAUGGCAAUAACAUGUACUCAUGAAUAUAAAGACAGAAAAUUCUAAUUAAUUUAUAAUUGUCCCAUGACACACUCAAGGAAGCAGAGGAGUAGAAAGAAAGAGAAGAAAAUGAAGGAGAAAAAUGAUCAUUUUCUAAAAAGGGAACAGUUGUCUAUGCAGUCACAGUUAUCUUGGUCAGAAAGCAAAGUAUUAGAAGAGCUGAUGUUGUACUCCAUCAGCUCAUGGAUAACACAGAGAGCAUGGAAGUCCCACAUGUUAGGCCUGAAGAAUCAGCCAGUAGUGAACAGACAGAAAUUUUUGAUGUGGGAAAGACUAAAGAUAGUGUAGUGGAAUCAAAAACUAAAGAAUCAGAGCUGGGAGAUGUAGAGACAACAACUCUAUCUGGAACAUCUCAAAAGGAGCCUUGUGAGGAAGUCUUAAAUUCUAAGAACCAAGCAGAUUUGAGCAAUGGGAAAGGUAAUUCAGUCCUAACUGAGACGACAAAUCCUCCGGUGAAUGAUAAUUCAUCUGAGAGCAGGGAAUUUGAAGAUGGUGAGGGAAAUGUUGCAGAUUCAGUGGUAGAUAAUCAGGAGAGAAGCCAAGAAGGUACAUUACUUCAGCCAUCUUUGAAAGGUGUUAAAUAGUGUAUGUAGGGCUUAGCUGUUCACUACAAUGUUAGAUGAUUAAUACAAAAAAUGUUCUUAAGGGGUGCUAGCUCUUUUUAAACUAAUGAAUUAAUGUGAUUUUAUUUAUUGUUAAUGAGUGUUUUCACUGACAUUUUUCACAGUAAAAAGUGUUGUUGUAGCUCCAACUUUCUCUCUGCUUUAGAUGCAUUUCUUUGACAGUUUCAAUUUAGUUUAAUUUUCCUAACAUGCUAAAAAUGUGCAUUCUAGAAACCCUCUGGGCAGAAUUAUCCUACUGUAUCAGAAACAAAUUAUACAAGUUUAUGUUUCUAUGUUCAAUAAGUGAGCGUAAAAUCACCAUUUGUUUCAAUCUUUGCACAUACAUGGUGCAUCCAAUACUGCUGGUCCUAGCAUCGAGUGAAAUAGGGGAACACUUAGGAUGUAUGAACCCAACAAUCAUUACCUUACCCAUCACAUCAAAUAUUGCUCUCACAUUUGUCUCUGCCACACACUCAUGACACACUACUUUAUAGUUUUCUUGUUUAUUUUAUUUCUAUUUUUUUCAUUUUCUUUUUUAGACAAUAGGCUAAGUAUUGCCUAAGUUUUGGUCAUUAUUUAGUGUAUAUAUAAUCAGAUUGUGAAAGCCUGUAACAAAAGCCAAAGAUGAGGUUAAACCUGUCUUCAUUACUAGCCAAAAUUAAAUAUAAUCUACUUUUGUGAAAUAAACUUACAGUGUAUAUGUGCAUCAUGAGGGGCUUUUAAAUUAUUGCUCAUAGGUGAAGGGCAAGAUCCAGGCACUUGUGAUGAUGCAGGAGCACAAUCAAAAGACAAAACACUCAAAAUUACAGAGACGUUGGAAAACAACAGAGAAAAUGUUAGCAACUUAGACAGACAAGGUAAGGAGAAAACUAAUGUCUUGUCUGAAGCCCUUUCACUCCCUGGAGUGACCAACAAGGAAUUUCUUCUUUAUUUACGAUAUCUAUACAUUCUCAAUUUUCUGUGAAAAUGUGUACUGGCAGCUUGCAUUAUGAUAUGUCAUAUUACUUCAUUAUAAAAUGUAUUUUGGUUAUGGUUGAAAUAUAGACCCUGUACAGUUAAUGUAUUAACAGAACCAUGCACUAUGUCAACAGAUCCAUUCAUUUUAGUCUGGUACUCAUUAUUUUUUAAGAGAUGAGUCCCAUUGACUCACUAAUGGAAAUUUCUAACAAGCACUGCCUCAGUGCAGGUAUUUUCAAUUUCAAGGGUUUUUGUUCCUUAAUGUGAAUAACUAUGCUAUAUUUGUUAAAAUAUACAUUUUAUUUGAAUGUCCUUCUUUAAAUACAGCAAAGGGGGAGUCUGCACCAUCAUCUCCAGUAGAAUGCUAUACCAGUGAGUCUUCUUUAUACUCUGAUUCUGAUGGUGAGAAUGCUGGAUCAUUGAAGAAAGAAUCAAAGUUGCUCUCACGUGGGUCUGUGCAGGGAGCAAGUGCCAGUGAAGAGCUGCUUGAAUGCAACAUGACAAACACAGAGAAACAGAGGGUUUCUCUAGAUGAAACUCUAGAGUCAGUGAAAGAUGGCUUGAACCAUUCUGAAGCAUCUCAAAAGGAUCUGAGUGGUGACAAAGUCGUCCAUUGUAAUAACACGGAGGAAAUGAGCACUAAAAGAGACGACAACACUGGUGUACCUAUCCCAGAUAUUGGUGUUAUCACUGAUAGUAAGGAAGGUAGCAAGGGAAAUGUUGAAGAGUCCAAAGAGCAAGAUGUGGAAACUACAACCAAAGGAGGUAUGAAAAAAAUGCUUACUCUAGAAUUGGGGAGGAGGGAGGGCCUCUUUAGAAGUUUGGGUUGAAGUGAACUGCUUGUGGUGAACAAUUUUUAAUUGUAAAACCCUCCAUAUUUAAUCAAACAAGUGCCUUGUUAUCAGUCUAAUGAAGCUUAUGGCUAUCUGUUGUGUAAAAUCUAACUCUACAGAACCAGUGCUUGCAAGUGUAGAAAUGACAACCUGUCCUGAAGCAUCUCAAAAGAAUCCCAGUGGUGAUGAAGUGGUAGAAUAUAAUGACCUGGAGAAUUUGAGCACUGAUAAAUGUGGAACUUGUGUCCCUACAGCAAUGCCUCCUAACAUGUCCUCAGUUCCUCCAGAAGCUGGUGAUAUCACCAUUAGUAAGGAAGAUAACAAGGGAAACUUUGAGAAGUCCAAUGUGCAUGAUAAGGAAACUGCAACCAAAGAAGGUAUCAAUGAAAAAUGAAUACCAUAGAGUCGGGGGGGGGGGCUCUUUAGAAGUUUGGGUUGAAGUGUACUGUUCAUGGUGAACAAUUUUUAAUUGUAAAACCCUCCAUAUUUAAACAAACAAGUGCCUUGUUAUCAGUCUAAUGAAACUUAUGGCUAUCUGUUGUGUAAAAUCUAACUCUACAGAACCAGUGCUUGCAAGUGUAGAAAUGACAACCUGUCCUGAAGCAUCUCAAAAGAAUCCCAGUGGUGAUGAAGUGGUAGAAUGUAAUGACCUGGAGAAUUUGAGCACUGAUAAAUGUGAAACUGAUGUCCCUACAGCAAUGCCUCCUAACAUGUCCUCAAUUCCUCCACAAGCUGGUGUUAUCACCAUUAGUAAGGAAGAUAACAAGGGAAACUUUGAGAAGUCCAAUGUGCAUGAUAAGGAAACUGCAACCAAAGAAGGUAUCAUUGAAAAAUGAAUACCUUAGAGUCUGGGGGGGGGCUCUUUAGAAGUUUGGGUUGAAGUGAACUGUUCUUGGUGAACAAUUUUUAAUUGUUAAACCCUCCAUAUUUAAACAAACAAGUGCCUUGUUAUCAGUCUAAUGAAACUUAUGGCUAUCUGUUGUGUAAAAUCUAACUCUACAGAACCAGUGCUUGCAAGUGUAGAAAUGACAACCUGUCCUGAAGCAUCUCAAAAGAAUCCCAGUGGUGAUGAAGUGGUAGAAUGUAAUGACCUGGAGAAUUUGAGCACUGAUAAAUGUGGAACUGGUGUCCCUACAACAAUGCCUCCUAACAUGUCCUCAGUUCCUCCAGAAGCUGGUGAUAUCACCAUUAGUAAGGAAGAUAACAAGGGAAACUUUGAGAAGUCCAAUGUGCAUGAUAAGGAAACUGCAACCAAAGAAGGUAUCAAUGAAAAAUGAAUACCUUAGAGUCGGUGGGGGGGGGGGGCUUUUUAGAAGUUUGGGUUGACAUUAACUGCUUAAACAACUUUUAAUUCUGACCUUCUCCAUAUUUAAACAAACAAGAGGAGAGUUACACUUACUUUCAAAGCUUCUGUAACAUAUCCCAUUACCUUGUACAGCAUUGUAUUGUGAUAUAUUAUUUCUUCUGGGCUUAAUCAGCUUGUAUUGUGUAUCAGUGUUUUUUUUGGUACUCCUAGGAAAGGCAGAAUUAGAUUUUAAUUGUAGAUACAUAUUCAAGACGGACUCUCACUCCCAAGAUUUCAUGUAGUAAUCCUCCUCACUGUCUGUCAUAAAUGUACAGUUUGUGUGACAUUAGUUCAGAGAAUUUGUUAUUGGAUCAACUAAUAGUCUCCUGAUAGGAAUUUUCUGUAUUUUCAUCACUUGUCUAAUUGACAUUGUAUUAAUGAGUCAUAUAAAUUCACUUAGAAUUUUUAUGAAAAUGUUAUGUGUUAAUUUGAAUUCUCAAAAUUUCUGAAUUUUCAGUUGCAGAAAAAUCAGAAGUCACCAAUGAAGUGACAACUACAAGCACAACAGGUAUGAAAACUACAUAAUUAUGAAAUAUAAUAUUAUUAAUUGUAUAGUGACUUUUAAUCCUGCAAAGUGUUUUUACCACAAUUUGGGGGUACUGUCAUAAUCUGAAUGGCCAAUUUGCUGUUGUUGAUGAUAGUACAAACAAUGCUGCACGUAGAAAUGUGUCAAGCAAUGCCUUUAUUACAUGUAGCUCUCAAACAUGGAUGGCUGUUAAAUUUUACAGCUGCAUUCUGUGAGUCUACAACAUUUUGACCACAAUGAUGACAAAUAUCAUUGUCAAUAACAGUACAGACCAUGCUAAACCACUAAUGAUUUGUUAACCAUCUCUGAUGAGAAUGUUAUGUUGAUCCAAACCCUCAAAAAAGUAUAUACAUUCAUCUUAACUCUUUAACUCCCAUGAAUGACCAAAACAGAAUUUCUCCUCACAAUAUCAAUACAAUAUCAACCAAAUAAAAAAUUAGUUGAUCCAAUACUAAAUUCUCUGAACUAACAUCAUAAUAAUUGUAUGGUUUAAAGUAAGGGGAAUUACAAAUUUGAUCUGGGAGUUAAAGGGUUAAGUCAGUCUUCUUGGAAGAGACAGCUAGAGAUCCUAUGUUCAUUGAGUGAGAUGUGGUUCUCUGAAUUUCAUGUUGCAGAAACAGACCCACAUGGUGUAAUAUCUGUUAUGAACAACCUGGAUGAACAAAUAAUACUUCCUCCUGAAAAGGAAAAGUCUGUUCGACAAAUUGAAAGCACCAAUUCUAAAGGAUUAUCUCCUGUCGAAAGCAAGUCAGAAUUGAAUAGUUUUGAUGGAGAUAAAAGCCCCGAAGCAUUCAUCCAAUCUCAAAUUACAGAAACAAUCAUUGAAGGAACAUCCUCCACAAUCAAUUCAAAAGACAGUGAAAUGCUUCCAGCUGGAAUUGGAAAUGUAAAAACACAACUAAAAGUAAGUGAAGAUUCUGAGGAGUCCUGUCCUGUGGAAAAAACAAGUGAAUCUGAUGUUAACAAAGGCAUUGUUUCAGAGGAAGAGGAAAGUGCCAGUGUAGGGUCUCAAGAGUUCAACCUCCUGUCAAGUAUUCUCUCUUCAGAUCAUGGGGAAUCUGAGUCCACUGGACAGGGUAUUAUCAGAAUCUCCAAUGCAUCAAUUGAGGAAAUUGGGUCAGCAUUGGGUCAGAUAUUUCAAAUGAUCGCCUCAAGGGAGGGUGGAGCCUCAUCUGGCGCCUCAUCAGAUGAAGAAGACCAAAUUUCAUGGCGACCUGAACCAUACCGCAAAGCAGGCUAUUCUGUGGUGAUCAGCAACAGCAAGCUCUGUGAAAGCACUGAGGAGAAAGCAGUGGUCACAAUGGAGAGUGGAACAGAGUUUUUCAUAUCAAUUGGAAAUAACAAUGAUCGUGGUAGGUAAAUAAUGGGCAAAUGUUUUGUCAUUCUCCAUGGGCACCUCCUCUAGGAGGUUUUUUUUCAAGUGGGAGCCUUUUCCCCUUCCCUGGCUUUACUGGAUUAGUACUUUUACAUGACAAAGGAUGUGGAUAUUGAUUUUGGCUAUCACCCUCACUCAGCCUGAAAAAAAUACUGCUAGUAGAUCCCAAUUAUGUAUCAUUACAGCUGAAGAAACCAAUUUGUUCCUUUUCGAGUUGCAACUAACGAUUUUGAGAUCCAUGUAUUUGAUUGUUUAUUAACAAUCCUUGAUGAUUAAGUUGGGACAAAUAACUUCCCUGAACAACUUUGCUUCUGUGUAUAACCUAAGGAUCAUACUUAUGCAGACUUAGCAAUGUUAUAUAUCAACAGAAAAAAACAAAUCAUAACAAGUCACAUUUUUGGCAAAAAUUGAGGUAGUGCUAUGUUCAGUUAAAUCUUUCACUCCCAAGAUCUCAUUUAUUUUAAUUAGUAAUUCUCCUUACUGUCUAACAGACAUCUUGUUAUAAUGUGAAUUUGGAGAAUUUGGUAUUGGAUCAACUAAUAAUCUCCUAAUUGAUAUUUUUCUUCAUUCUCAUAACUCACGUGCUUGAUAUUGUAUUGAUGUUGUAAGAAGAAAUUCUGUCCUGGUCGCUCAUAGGAGUUAAGUGUCAAGAGCACCCUAGGAAUACAUGCUUCAUGUCUGAUCCUAAAUUUGAAAUAAACACCUAAGGUGCUUAGUCAAGAAUCUGUGGUAUUCUUAUAAUUGGUGCAUGUAGGAAAGAUACACAGAGUGUAGACUAUUACACUUUUAAGCAAAAAGCUUUACAGUAACACUGAAAUUGAGGGACAAUAAUAAGCAUUAAAAAGUAUUUUUGGGCAUUGUCAGAUAUUUCUUAAACUCCACUAUAAAUUAUUGUGUACUAAAGAAGUUUAAUUUGUUCAAUUUCUUUCUCUUAACUGUAGCUGCUGAGGUAGACAUCACAUUUGGUGGAAUAUACCUUGGUGUUUGGUUGGUGGAGGCAAAGCAGUCACUAUCUAAUCCACUGAUUAUUGAAGGCUGUACUUGGGCAGCAGGUCGUUUCAAAUUCUUCAGUGCUUCAGAUAAGAAGAAACUACAGCCUAAUGCUGAUAUCUAUGGUGAGAGAGCAGAAGUAGAUGGUUUGAUUGAGCUGAAAUUCAAGCCUGAAGCUGAUACCAUGAAAAUGUUUGUGCAUCAUGUGCGAGAACAAGGAAGUUAUCGUCUUGUUCCAGUAACAGUGGCUGAUCCUAGGACAGCAACUAUUGCUGACUUGAAACAAGAAAUUAAAGGAAGUUGGGGAUCCAGUAUCUCCUGCCUGUUGAAAGGGGGCCAGGUUUUACAAGAAGAAGAAACCAUCAGGUACAGUCUUUUACCUUAUGUAGAGUGUGCCAGGAGUGAUCAAUUAAGAUAAGUUAUUUUAAUCUUGCAUAGAUGGUUUUUUGGAUGGACAUGGUCUGUAAAUUGACUUGGUGUCUCAGACUUGCAUAAGUGUAUCCCAGGCUAUAAUUUAACCAGUAUAUCUUAGUGAAACAGGGUUGUUUCUGAUAUCUUUAUUAGAAGUUUACUAUAUAAAUGUUCCACAUCAUGCUGUGUUGUUUCCCAAGCAUUGCCUUAUAGCCAUUGCCAGGAAACUUAAAGCUCUCAUGAAAAUUAUUAGUACUAAAACUUAGCUUGUUUUGUUUCUUAAGCUCUUAUGACUUGGGUGAAAAUGAAGUGAUUGAGGUUGUUAAUGCUACAGAGGAACUGACUAUUGAAGCAGUUGGGAGAGACCCAAUCACUCUGAUGGUGGAUCCCAAAAAUAUUUCUGUGAAAGCUCUUAAAGAAUUCAUCACAGCACGAUUCAAAAUACCAGUAGACCAACAGCUUCUCCAGUUCAAAGAACAGGAUGGUGUUGUAGACUCCAAGUCAAUCACCCAUAUGCUUCUUACGUCAAGGAAGACACCAGUGCUGGUGGUUAGCAGAGAAGAACCUGGGUAUGUUACAUUUUUGUCAUAUUAAUCAACACCUCUCUGUGAGAGGAAUUGCUGGGAAAAUGCUUCUUAAUCCUUUACACCCUAAUAUUAGUAUGCAUAUUCUCUAUACUGUUUUCUAAACAAAUCUUAUGGUGCUGACAUGGAAAAUUUGUCUAUCAAUCAAUAAAAUAUUUAGCAGGUAAUUUAGUGUUAACAACUGGGUUGAAAACGUAAAUUAGCCACCGUAAAGGGUAAAAAAGCUGACGUUUCGAGCGUUAGCCCUUCGUCAGAGCGAUUAGAGGAAUUGUGGGUUGUGUGUGGAUUUAUAUGUAGGAAGUGGAGCUACGCCAUUGGUGGGAAUGUGGUGACGAGAAAACAGGAAUAAAUUAGUUUCAUUCAACUAAUUUAUUCCUGUUUUCUCGUCACCACAUUCCCACCAAUGGCGUAGCUCCACUUCCUACAUAUAAAUCCACACACAACCCACAAUUCCUCUAAUCGCUCUGACGAAGGGCUAACGCUCGAAACGUCAGCUUUUUUACCCUUUACGGUGGCUAAUUUACGUUUUCAACCCAGUUGUUAACACUAAAUUACCUGCUAUACUCUCCCACCGACGCAGCACCACAGUUUCUUUAGAAACUUACCCCUUUAAUAAAAUAUUUAGUUGGUGAUCAUUUCCUUUGUUCUCAUGACCUUACUGUGUGGCACAGGGGUUAUACCGUUGGGAGAAAUUAGGAACUAGUCAUUCUCAGUGUUGUUGCCAGAUGACAAUUGGACUUGGCUGAUUCGUUUUUUUUAAACAACUUUAUUCACUCAUGUUACUCCAAACUCCUGAACUCAACUUGUUUUUUAUCUCACACAUGAGCACAUGGCCCAUGGCAACGAGCCGACCUGUCAAUUCACAUAGCAACACAAAGUAAAACAAUUGUUUGUUUGAUGCUUGCUGAUUGAUUUACUCCAUAUAUUCCUUGUCGCUCAAAGAACUGAAGACUCUAGAGGAUUGGACACCAGAGCAACAUCUUGCGAAGGUAGUCAUUAACAGUUAACACUUAUUCAUUAAAGUAGAGGUAAAUAGUGGUAGAUAUUUAUCAAGAAGCAAAGCCUGAAGGUAAGUAUCUGCCACUUUUACUGAAACUGAGGUUAAAAAAUUCUGUAAUCAUACUCGUAAUUGACAAAUCAGACUCCUGCUUCACAGUCAUCCAAUUUUGUUGAUCACUUGCAUGAUUACAGACCCAAAUUGGACUCCACCCGGUCCUAUUGCCAUCAAUUUCAUUAUCAAUUUCAUUUACAUGAUCACAAUUACAGAUCAAGGGAGCCGAGCUGAAGACAGCUGUAAACUGAAUGAGGAAUCUAAUGACUCAGGAGACAAUGACCAGGUAGCUACUAUUUGUGAAUUUAUCAAUAACACCAUGAGAUUGUAUUGAUUUAGGUACCUUCCCUUAAGAAAGUUAUUACAUUAUCAUGCCCAGAUAAAAAAAGGUACCAGCUUAUGAAUUUUGUAAUGUAUGGAGCCUUUAAAAAAGUGUCUUAUAACAAAGUGAUAUUUGCUUUUUCACAUAUUUACACAGAAUGGUGUUGCUAUUCUUUAUGGAAAUAAAGAAAGUGUUUACAAACAUUUUCGAGAAGAUGCAAUGGACCGAAAGUUUUCAAGGAAGAAGGCUGUCACACUUUUUAUUCAGCUGAAAGAUAAGAGGUAGUAUACUUUUAGGAGAUUUUCACAUUUCUGAUAUAUUUGUAUGAGGACUGUAAAGCUUUCCAGGUGAUUGCAGGACCGCAAAUGAUCCUAAUGGAAACAGCUGAUGAUCUUGUUAAAAAUUUAGGAAUGGUGUUUGUUUUUCUUUUGAAGAUCUGCAAACAGCUAUUACAUUGCAAAUCCAAAGUCAAAACCAUGAAUAAAUGAAAUUAACGAAAGAAAGGUUAAAGAACAAUAAAUUAAGAGAUAAAUUAAAGAAGAUGGGUAUUAGGAAUAUAUUGAAUUGUAAUAUGAAAGAUAGCUAUGAUUAUUAGUAGGACUGAUUCUACUUUUUUAUAAAUUACAGCAAGAAAGCUGCAAAUGCUAAAACCAAACCUGAGCCCAAGCCCUUUGAGCAGCCAGGAACCAGUUCGUCGAGACCAAAAGGAUGCACGUCUUCUCUUUACCCACCUGAAACACCUGACUGAAAUCCUGAUAUGUUGCUGGACUAUCAUUUAACCCCCUACCUCCUAGAAUUAAUUGACAUUUAGGUCCCUAUGGUAUCAAUGCAUCAUUCAGCAAGCAAACAAGUGAUGAGAAUAUAUACCUUAAUAUAAUUGCACAUUCUCCUAACCCUUUCACUUGCAUGUGUAACCAAGAUAAAAUUUCUCCUAAAAAUGUAGUCACAAUAUCAAGCAGACAUGUGUUGAGAAUAAUGAAAAAUAUGAAUAAGGGGAUUAUUAGUUGAUCCAAAAUCAAAUUCUCAGAACUAACAUCGUCAGAAAUAUAUAGUGGACCGUUAGGAGAAUUACUAAUGAGAUCGUGGGAGUGAAAGGGUUCAUCAGUUUACAAGAAAGUUUAUGGGCGCUAAAGUGAGAAUUAUGAAGUAGAUCACAGAAGUUAAAAUGUGACCAUGAAGUACUGUUAUUUGAUACAAUAUAACCACUAGUAUGAUAAUUGUUAGGAAUGGAAGACUGUUAAUCAAAAUAUUUACUUUUAAGCUUAUGGUGACCUAACAAUGUUUUAAACGUGAUUUUGUAUUUUUAGCAAAGUUUAAACUAGAAAUGAUUUUUAAGAACUCCAGUUUGGUGAGAGAUAAAAACAAUUGCAAUUAAUUGUAUUAAUCUAGGAUUCUCCAAGUUUAUAUAAUAGUAAAAAAGUGGUUUAGUGUGAAUGGAAACAGUUUUCCUACUCUGAUCAGAUAUCUUUAGAGCGCUCAAAAACCCUAGUUCGUCUCCCCCCCCCUCACCACCACCCACCACCACUUUGAAGUCAAACGAUUCUAACACAUAUUGAUCAAAGGAUCGAAGAUUGAAGUUGUGGGCGUGGCAUACCCAUAGAUACUAUUAUAUGAAUGUUAUGGGAGAGUUUUUCCUUUUUUAGCUUGUCAGAGUGUUGGGGAAUUGAACCAGCCACCUCUUUGGGUAAAGGUAGUGAAGUUUUUGCAAGCAGUGUUGCAAAACCCUUCAAAUUCAAUUUCUUUAAGUUAAAGAUUACUGUAAACUGCCUACAACCGAAGUUUUGUUACAGAGCUCAAAAAAGCUGUGAUUGCGAAACACAUUUUACUCGUCAUUGCUGUAGUUAAUUUUAAGCCCAUCCAAAUGCGUGUUAUAGAGUUGUUUGAGCCCAGGGCCGAUAAGCGAUAGAGUAAGGGAAAUGAGCCCCUUUAUACAAGCAAAAACCUGUAUUGGUAGCCCAGCCAGACAUCUGGCCCUGAUUUGAAGACUGGAUAACCCUAUCACCUGGAGAAAUCUGUAUCAAGUGGAUAGCGCAGAGCGUUUUGUCAGUAAGCAUGUGCUGGAUAGAAAUUUAUGCACUGAAUAGCGUCAACUGCCCUUUGAACAACUGGGCCUCAUAACUUAAAAUAAUCAUUGAAAUUGUUGGUUGGUAAAAGUUGUUUUCAAUGCAGAUAAAGAUCGUUUACAAGCUCCAAUAGAUAUGUAAAUUUAAAGUAGACUGAUUAAACUAAAUUUAAAAGGUGAUUGAGCAAUAAAGACUGUUGAUGUUAGUAAAGUCGACCAACUUAGGUUUAAACCUUGUUUCGUUUUCAGUUUCUUUAGUACGCAUCUUCUGCAAUUAGAACACAAAAAUCAAAAGCAAGACAAAGCGAAACACGCAGGUCAAAAUGCAACCGGCGAAAACAUCCCAUAG